CGUCCUUUUCGUUCGUCCUCAGUGCAGGAUAACGAAGCAGUCGACUUCCUCCUUAUUCGAAGAAGGUUGAUUUUAGUCAGAGUUUUAUAGCUGAAAAGCCAAGCAGCACUUAUCCUGGUCACAUCGAGGCAGUUAAAGAAGAUCCUGUAUUCAUUUUUGCAGUUAUUUUUAAAGACCUUUGGACAAUCACCACCACCACUGCUGACUAUGGAUGUGAUCGUGCGCCGCUGUCCGUUCCUGGCUCGUGUGCCACAGGCGUUCUUACAGCAGACAAGAAAGACACUGUCGGUGUACGCGCAGAGAUGCCCCAUCAUGAUGGAACUGGCCUCUAAACCUAUGGCUCCAUCGAUGGCACGGGCCCUGUGCUCCUCCACCUCCUCCCACCAGAGGACUGAGGACACCACCGCUGCCAGUGAAGUUUCCAAACACGAAGGAGAGUCUAAUCUGCCUGCUGGCCACCCCAUGCCACCUUCAGGCCAGGUUGCGGCCUCUAAAUGCCCUUUUCUGGCUGCUGAGAUGGGCCAGAAGAACAGCAGUGUGGUCCGCCAGGUGGGCAUGGAGUUCCAAGAGGAUGUUCAGGAAAUCCGCACUGUCAAGAAAGAGGUGUCCUCUGCCCAGCUGAAGAAAUCAUCUUUCGCCAGCACCAUUAUGGGAAUAGAAGGAGAGCAGACUAAUCUAAUGAAGACCCUCCUGAAACAGCAGCCUAAAAGGGUCUCUCACCUGCUGCAGGACAAUUUGCCGGGAAGCAUGUCCCGCUUCCAAUAUGAUGCCUUUUUUGACAAGAAGAUCGUGGAAAAGAAGAGUGACCACACCUACCGUGUGUUUAAGACGGUGAAUCGUCUGGCCAGCGAGUUCCCCAUGGCCGACAACUUCACUGGCUCUUUGGAGGACAAGAGGGAGGUGUCUGUUUGGUGCAGCAACGACUACCUGGGCAUGAGUCGACACCCACGGGUCGUGCAGUCUAUAAUGGAUACUUUACGAAAGCACGGUUCAGGGGCAGGAGGAACCAGGAACAUUUCUGGGACCAGUAAGUUCCACGUUGAACUGGAACACGAGCUGGCUGACCUUCAUAAGAAAGACGCUGCGCUGCUCUUCACUUCCUGCUUUGUGGCUAACGACUCCACCCUCUUCACUCUUGCCAAGAUGCUACCCGGUUGUGAGAUUUACUCUGAUGCGGGCAACCACGCCUCAAUGAUUAUGGGUAUCAAGAACAGUGGUGCUAAGAAAUUCAUCUUCCGUCAUAAUGACGUGGCCCAUCUCCGAGAGCUCUUGCAAAAGGGAGACCCAACGAAACCGAAGAUUGUGGCCUUUGAGACUGUCCAUUCCAUGGAUGGUGCGGUGUGCCCGCUGGAGGAGAUGUGUGACGUUUCUCAUGAGUUUGGUGCCAUCACCUUUGUAGACGAGGUCCAUGCUGUGGGUCUGUACGGCGCCAGAGGAGGGGGCAUCGGGGACAGAGAUGGCGUCAUGGACAAGAUGGAUAUCAUCUCAGGGACUUUAGGCAAGGCGUUCGGCUGUGUGGGCGGCUACAUUGCCAGUACCAGUGCACUGGUGGACACGGUGCGUUCCUACGCUGCCGGUUUCAUCUUCACCACCUCUCUGCCGCCGAUGCUGUUAGCUGGAGCCAGGCAGUCCAUCCAGGUUCUUAAAGAGGAAGAGGGACGCGUAUUGAGACGUAAACACCAGCGCAACGUCAAGCUGCUCAGACAAAUGCUGAUGGACUCUGGGCUGCCUGUGGUGCACUGCCCCAGCCACAUCAUCCCAAUCCGGGUAUCAGAUGCUGAGAAAAACACAGAGGUGUGUGACCUCAUGAUGAGUCGUCACAACAUCUACGUGCAGGCCAUCAACUAUCCCACUGUAGCAAGGGGGGAUGAGCUUCUGCGUAUCGCCCCGACACCUCACCACACUCCUGAGAUGAUGAAAUACUUUGUUGAGAGGCUGGUGCACACAUGGAAGGAGGCGGGUCUGACGCUGAAGCCCCACUCUUCAGCAGAGUGCACCUUCUGCCAGCAGCCGCUGCACUUUGAUGUGAUGAGUGAGCGAGAAAAGUCUUACUUCAGUGGCCUCAGCCACCCGAUCUCAGCCUGCGCAUAACGCUACUCACUACUGCGGGCUGUAGACGGCACAUACACACUCAUUACCCAUUCCUAUGUCACUGUCAUAGAAUGUAUUAAUUAUCUUUGAUAAGUCCUCUUACACAUAUUAUUUAAAAUACUCUAUGUCCAGAUGUUCUAUAUGCUCCAAAUAAAGUAUCAGAUUUAAAGAAA